AUGGCCCGCUCUUCCCGCCCUCUCGCUGAGGACGAGGACGAGCAACACUCAUCGUCGGAAAACGCCUUGCAAUUUCACGAACCCCUCUCAUGGAAAGCUGGCAAGCCUAUUCCUACCGGCACCCUCAUAACCCGCCUCAAGGCACUUUCGAAGGAACUUGUCGCGCUCGAGCAAGAGGCUGUGGAUCGUGACAGUCUGGCAACUCCGGCCAAAGAGCUGGUGUCAGUCGGCUUACUGCAACACAAAGAUAAUGGCGUCAAGGCCUACACAGCUUGCUGCUUAGCAGAUAUGCUGAGACUUCAUGCGCCGGAUGCACCUUACACCGCCGUUCAGCUCAGGGUCAGUACUGCUUCUUCCCCGCACUGUUUCCGCGCACGCGACGAUUGUUUGCCCCCAUUGUUUUGGGGAAAUUCGCCUGUUACUCAUUUUUAACUGAAAUGUCCUCGUCACGUGUAGGAUAUCUUCGAGCUCUUUGUACGACAGCUGAAAGGGCUCGCGGACGCUGAAAAUCCAUACUACCAACAAUACCUCUACCUUCUCGAAUCACUGGCAUCCGUAAAAUCCGUCGUCCUGAUAUCCGAUAUUCCAAAUGGUGAGGCCAUCACUCUCAAGAUUUUCACCACCUUUUUCGACCUAGCAAAACCGGAUGGGCCCAAAAAUGUAGAGUACCAAAUGACCGAUAUUCUCAUCCAACUCAUAGAGGAGUGCAAUUCUCUCCCGACGGAGGUGGUGGAUAUAAUUGUUGCACAAUUCUUCCGAGUCAACCAAGCCGCUCUCCAAAACCUGGCCGGCAAAAAAGCGAAGCCGGGCGUGCCGGAUGCGAAGGACAAAGGUGCGGGGAUGGCUUCAAAGGGAAAGGAUGAGGACAAACAAAUGAAACUCGUCAGUGCUUUACCGCCGCCCGCAUACAAUAUGGCCAAGUCUAUCUGUAAUGCAUCUGUCGAUAAGAUGGCACGCCACAUCUGCCAGUAUUUCUCUGAAGUCAUUCUCGACGCCUCGCCUGCUUCAAGAGCACGCAAGGCCGGCGGACGACACACAUCAAUGUCUCCAGGCUCCGACCUGGACGAUCCGGAUGCUGAGACUGCAAAUCAUGAGCCCUCCGCGGAAGAUCUGCAUGAGCUACACAAAGCCCAUCUCCUCGUAAAGGAACUCUGGAAAGCUUGCCCUGCAGUUCUGCAGAACGUAAUACCCCAGCUGGAACAAGAGCUUUUGGCGGAGAAUGCGGAGCUACGAAUACUGGCGACCGAGACAAUCGGCGAUAUGGCACUGACAGGAAAUUUCGGCAGCUCGGCGCCCGUCACCUGGAAAGCAUGGAUUGGUCGUGCCAAUGAUAGAUCAAAUAUUGUCAGGUCCAAAUGGACAGAAGCAGCAAUCAAGAUCAUCAAAGAGCGCUCUGAUCUUAUGGCCGUGCAGCUUGUCGAGCCUGUGGCGGGAAGACUUAAUGAUCUAGAUGAUCGAGUGAGAUUAACUGCAUGUAUUUCACUAGGUGAACUCGAUUACACAACCAUCACAACCAAGCUGGGCGCAGAUCUUUCUCCAUUCAAUACGUACGAUACGGCAGCAGCGGCUGGGGCUUCUACCGGAAAAGCCAAGGGGAAAUCUAAAGUUACCGAGGAAGAAACAUCGGGCUGGGGAAAGAAAAUCCUGCAUAAUUUGGGCGAGAGGGUUAGGGAUAAAAAGUUUUCAGUCAGAUGGGAGGGGAUGUUUUGUCUUGCCCGGAUGUGGAACAUGGCAUACCCCGAUAUCCUCUCGGGUAACGAGGUUAUUAUGAAUCAGCUCGGCUGGAUUCCUAGUAAGAUUCUAGAUACAUUCUACAUCAAUGACGCUGAGGUCAACGUCCUGUUGGAUCAUGUUCUGUUUGGUGUUCUGAUACCCGUCAACUUUCCGCCAAUUGAAAAAAUAGAGAGUAGGAUUGCUGCUGAUAGGCAAACCAACGGAAAAAGCAACGGAAAGGGGAAGGAGAGAGAUGCUGCGGAGGCAGAGAGGGCAAAGGAGAAGGAGAUACAAGAGGGCGAUAAAAUCCGCGUUCAGCGAUUAUUAGUCUUGGUGAGAGGCCUGGACCCAAAGGCAAAGAAGGCAUUGUUUGCAGUUCCAUUGAGACAAAUCUCGUAUGCCAAAGUCAUGGAUGUGUUUUUGAAAUCUUGCGAGGAUUAUAAUGUAAGGUUUCUUCCUUUUUUUUUUUUCUUGUUGGGUUGCUAACAUGUCGCAGGGUGGCAUAAUUGACGAUGGCGUUGAAGAAGACCUCGUCAAGAAGGCGCUUCACAAGUUUAUCGAAUGGCUAUCCCAAAAACUCCCCGACACCCCCAAAGCCAAGGAGAAUUUGAUGAAGUUUGCAAAACUUCAUGACCGCCGAUGUUACCAACUAAUCAGAUUCUGUUUCAGCCCUGACAGCGACUACAGAACGGUAGUCAAAGCGCUCAAAGAGAUUAAGAAGAGGAUUACAGAAGCACCUGGAUCCGCGAUGACUAUUAUGGAGACCUUGACCCCCUUGUUAUAUAGAGUCAGUCAGCUGAUCUACAACAAGAGCCAUGUGCCGCACAUUGUGGAGUUUUCCAGGACGGAUGAGUAUUCACUUGGAGCUGUAGCGCAUGAGGUUCUGAAGGUAUAUAUGCCGAUGGCGGAAAGGUUUAGAUGUUCGCUUAUUUUUGAUUAGGAAAUGUCGUCUUCAAAUCCCGCUGUAUUCAAAGCAAAUGUUAAAGCUCUCUCCGAUCUCCUCCAAGAACAAUCCUUGUCCAAGAACCAUGGUGCGGCAGAUUCAGGCGCAGUGGAUACGCUAAAAGCCUGCGCGGGCUUCGCCAAAUCGUAUCCUAAAGACAUGCCCCAGGAGCGCAAGCUUUUGGAUGCGCUAGUCAAUUUCUCGUUGACCGGAAGGCCCCCUGCAGCAGCCAAGCAUGCGGUAUCCAUUUUAAUGUAUUCCGCCAACCGGAAGGUUAUGUAUGCUUCAGAUCUACUUAGGGCGUGCGUUAAGAAUUUCAAGUUCGGAGAAGAGCACUUCUUGGCAAAGCUGGCCUGCCUUUCGCAAUUGGUGCUUUUAGCACCCGACCAAUGUGAGGACGAAUCUAAGGCAAUCACUGCCAUCGCCAAAGGUGUGCUAUUCAAAGUGAGGAACCCGGCGACAGAAGAGGAUCAGGAGAAUUCAAAGGAGUGGGUUGAUGACGAGCUUCAUGAUGAUGAGUGCAAAGCAAAACUGCUUGCCCUCAGAAUUCUGGUCAACAGACUAAGGGCUAAAGCUGAGACUGGGGCUGGGACUGGGGCCGGUACUACAUUGGAGAGUGUCAUGACAUUGCUUGUCAAACUGGUGAAUAACGAGGGAGAGCUAUUUCCGGAGAAGAAUACACCGUUCGUCACCAGAUAUUUCUCUCGCACCUGGUGAAGAUUUCCGCUAACUCUGAACCUGCAGGCGACCGCAUCAAUCCCGCCUCCGAUUACUUGCGGCUCAGUCAUUGUUGAAGUUGUCUUACUACAAACCUUAUGAGGAGCUCAUCACUCCACUCGACUUUAACAGACUAGCCUGCGUCGCCCAGGACAAUUGCUUUGAAGUUCGCAAUGGCUUUGUCAGCAAAGUUAAGAAAUAUCUCGGCACAAACAGGCUCACGCCCAGGUACUAUACGAUCUUAUUUCUCAUGGCAUAUGAGCCUGUUACAGAGGCCAAAAAUGAAACAAUCACCUGGAUAAAGGCCCGCAUGGUGCACAUGAGAUCGACAAACAACAUGAUGGAAAUUGUGUUCGCCAGGCUUCUAAGCCUACUCGCCCACCACCCAGACUUUGGUACCAUGAUAGACGACCUCGCAGACUUUGCAAAGUAAGUCCUCCCAUAUCCUUUCUCUUCUCGCUUUUUCCCUCCUCCACCUUUCAUUAUUCCUUGAUUUUCCAAGCUACCCGCGCGGAGUGGAAAUAAACCUCCACACCGCUCUCCCAAUUACGACGAAGUCUAGGGGGAAUCAAAAUGCCGGGGAUAGAAACUUUCGAAAACAAGGAACAGAGACAGACGGAGCUGAUGAAAGUGUGCGCGCAUGGUUCUGCAGAUUCAUCCUUUUCUACCUAAAAGCCGUAGCGACCGAAGAAAACCUCAGCCUGAUAUAUCACAUCGCCCAACGUGUCAAGCAAUUCCGCGAUGGGCUAAGCAAAGACAACAGCGAGAACCUCUAUUACAUCUCCGAACUAGCUCAGGCAGUCGUACGCCGAUACGCCGACUUCCAUCACUGGAACAUCCAGAUAUGGCCGGGCAAGAUCCCCCUCCCGAUUAAGCUCUUUGCGCCGAUGGCCAGCGAGGAAAUGAGCCGCGGCAUCGCUAUGAAGACUUUCCUUCCAGUGGGAAUUGAUAUCAAGUUGGAUAGCCUGAUUAAGCCCAGAUCCGCUGGUCGACAAGGGAAGAAACGCAAGUCUGAUCUUGCAGCCCCCUCAGACCGCACCCCCUCCUCUGCUACUCCCGCGAGAAAGCGUUACAAAACCUCCCCAUCGGCGGUAGCCACCCCGGCAACCGCUUCCAGAGAUGGACCGGCCACAGCCGGUGGGGCGGCAGAGAAGCGCAAACCUGGCCGCCCACCAAAAACCCCUAAGCAGAAGAAGCGACCUUCGGCAGAGAUAUCCGCGUCGGAGCGCAGGCGCAGUGGAAGAGCCACCAAGAACGUCAAGUAUGCCGAGGAUGACGGGACGAGUGACAGCGAGGAGGAAGUCUCUCUCAACGACGAUUCCGAGAGCGACGUUGAGAUGGAGGAUGGAGAUGAGGCUUCUGAUAGGGAAGCCUCACCCGAAGCGCCAGAUCCCGAAGCCGACGAGGUGGCAGUGGAGGAAGGGGCAGAACAAGAGGAGACAGAAAAACCAAAGAGAACGGCGCGUAGCGUCGGGCGACCGAAGAAGGAUGCAGUUGUGGCCAUUUCCUCCGGAAGACCGAAGAGGAAGGGCGCUACUACUGCCACCACCGCUGCCGCUAGCGCGAAUGGCGGGAGGAAGAAGGCCGCGUUACCAACCAAGAACAAAAAAGCAGGGGUGAAGCGCAUUGAAGAGGAGGAUGACAGUUCAGAACUGUCAGAUCCACCGUCGGAGUUGAAUUAG